UACACAGGAUAUGAAGUAAAAGCGUUUGUACACUACAUAGUACACUGCUGAAGCACGUGAUGCCCGUUUGGCAUUGAGUCGGAGAGGAACCCGCGCGCAGCCGGUCAGCUUUCUCUUUAAAAAGUCCGUGACUUUCUCACAGCAGUACUGAGGCUUAGAGUUCACACAGGGGUGACUGUAAGAGCUAGUUUUAUAUGUAAGACCAAGAGAUUUUUCUGUAUAUACAAACUUUUUUUUUUUUUAAUGAAACACAUUUAGAUUUCGGAUCAAAUCUCGAGUACGUAAAGAAAAUACGCGCGUUGUUGCGCUGUAGUUUGGGAUGAGUUUUGCGCCCCUGUAAACACACCGGAUUUAUUCUGGGAGGAGUGUCAUUAGUGAUACGGGAAUCACUCAAAUUUCGAGCCGGAACAUGUUGCAAAAUGGGAGAACCAAAGAAGAGCAGCCAGAGACGAAAUCAGAAACGGAACACGAGAGUAAGAGUGAAAGCGCAGCGACCAAACCGGACAUGGAGCGCGAUUCCACACACUUCCCCAUGCCCAAUCCUUACCCUGCUGCUGGAUACCCCAAGCUGGAGAUAAAGCGCAACGCCGUGACGGACGACUACAAGAUCUCCACUCAUGUCCUCGGUCUGGGGAUCAACGGCAAAGUGCUGGAGUGCUUUAACAAGAUCACCCGGGAGAAGUGCGCCCUGAAGAUUCUGUACGACAGCCCGAAAGCGCGCCGCGAGGUCGAGUUGCACUGGCGCGUCUCCAGCGGGCCGCAUAUAGUCCGAAUCCUGAGCCUCUACGAAAACAUGCAUCACGGAAAAAAGUGCCUGCUUAUUAUUAUGGAAUGUAUGGAAGGAGGAGAGCUCUUCAGCAGGAUUCAGGCUAGAGGAGACCAGGCCUUUACUGAGAGAGAGGGCUCUGAGAUCAUGAGAGACAUCGGCACUGCCAUUGAGUUCCUGCACAACAUGAACAUCGCACACAGAGAUAUCAAGCCAGAGAACCUGCUCUACAACAGCAAAGACUCCAGCUGCGUCCUCAAGCUCACAGACUUUGGUUUUGCGAAGGAAACCACGCUGCACAACCCACUGCAGACGCCGUGCUACACUCCGUACUACGUCGCUCCUGAGGUUCUCGGCCCUGAGAAAUACGACAAAUCAUGUGAUAUGUGGUCAUUGGGUGUGAUCAUGUACAUCCUGUUGUGUGGCUUCCCACCGUUCUACUCCAACACGGGUCAGGCGAUAUCCCCCGGCAUGAAACGGCGCAUCCGCAUGGGCCAAUACGAGUUUCCCAAUCCCGAGUGGGCUGAAGUGUCAGAAGAAGCCAAACAGUUGAUUAACCAGCUGCUGAAGACUGACCCUAACGAAAGGAUGACCAUCUCACAGUUCAUGAACCAUCCCUGGAUCACUCAAUCCAUGGUGGUUCCUCCAACACCACUGCAUACCACACGCGUCCUCACUGAGGAGAAAGAGCUGUGGGACGAAGUGAAGGAGGAGAUGACGAGUGCUCUUGCCACCAUGCGUGUGGACUAUGACCAAGUGAAGAUUAAAGACUUGGACACAUCCAGCAACCCACUGCUCAACAAGAGGAGGAAGAAAGCUGCAGCAGCAGGCGGAAAGGCCGGCGCCACCGUCUGUAACAGCCAAUGAAGUCUGAAGGAAAGAUGAGGAAAAAUGGACAGAUUUAUAGAUGAGAGAAGCAUGAAGAGGUGGAGAGGGAAGUAAAAGUGAGGACAGAAUGAGGACACUUUAUCACUGGAAGCAGCAAUCUCACACACACACACAGAGACACACACGCGUGAAUGGUUAGAUUUGUAUUCUUACAGAUGUGUUGUUGUUAUUAUUUUUAAAUAUUUUUAACACAUUUAGUUCCACCUGUGUGUGUGUGUGUGUGUGUGUGUGUGUGUGUGUGUUCGGUGCAUUCGCAUGUUUAUUAAUACGGAAGCUUUCCUUGGACACUACACACAGAUGGCACACUCCCAGUGUGAAGCAGUAAAGUUGAUCCUUCCUCCUCACUGCUUCCUCUUCCGCCUCGACAAGAAGAUAUACUUGACGAUAACACACACGUUAACAGACACACCCUCUACUAAGACUGAUUGUGUGUGUUUGGCACUUCACUUGUGGGUUGCUACAUCAUCAUCUUCAUCAUCACAGCACAGGAUGCUCUGAUUGUAUUUGUCUUUCUCUUUUAGCCCAUUUUUUAAUUGAGAAAGUUUUUAUUUUCCAUGUUUGUUAAGACCCUUGCCGGCCAUAAAUGAAGGGAUUUUUUUGGUUUUAUUAUGACUUUGCUAAAUACGAUUUACCAGAAAGUCUCCACUGUAUUUAAGGCAACAUUGUUUUAAUAAAAAAAAAAAAAUCACAAGUAAA